AUGGCAGUGGGAAAUGUUAAAACUGCACAAGGCCUUAAUGACCUGAAUACCUAUUUGGCUGAAAGGAGUUACGUGUCAGGUUACACGCCAACUCAAGCCGAUAUUCAGGUCUUCGAUCAAGUUGGCAAAGCACCAGCCUCCAAUCUUGCUCAUGUUCUCCGUUGGUACAACCAUAUCGCUUCCUACACACCCGCCGAACGCAAGUCAUGGGCUGCUGGAGUGAGCCCAUUGACCGCCGGAGGCAAGCCCACGGCACCAGCUCCAGCCGCUAAAGAUGACGAUGACGAUGAUGACGUCGAUCUCUUCGGCUCUGGCGAUGAGGAAGAGGAUGCUGAAGCAGCAAGAAUCCGUGAGGAACGCCUAAAAUCCUAUGCUGAUAAGAAGUCAAAGAAACCUGCUCUUAUUGCAAAGUCAUCUAUUAUCCUUGAAGUCAAGCCCUGGGAUGAUGAAACAGACAUGAAGGAAAUGGAAAAGCAAGUCCGUUCCAUUGAAAUGGAAGGUCUCCUCUGGGGAGCUUCUAAACUUGUUCCUGUUGGAUAUGGUAUCAACAAGCUACAGAUCAUGUGUGUCAUUGAAGAUGACAAGGUAUCUGUUGAUCUUCUCACUGAACAAAUCCAAGAAUUUGAAGACUUCGUCCAAUCAGUUGAUAUCGCUGCAUUUAACAAAAUCUAA